UACAUAACAUUCAGUUGUACACCGAUACUCGAUUCGUUUGGGCUGUUGAAAGUUUGAGGUCGAAAAUAUAUUUCGAUUUAAAUUUCCUAUUUUUGUGUUAGACGAAAAACGAUUUGACCAGACAAACAUGUGCUGCGGAUAUCCUUGCUAUCCUUGCGCCGCUCUGUGUCCUUGUGGCGGCUGUGGACCCAGUGGAUUUUACGACCCCUGUUUCGGACCUUACAAUGGACCCUUUAAUUCCUGGUGUGGCCCAAGUGGACCUGGAUUCUGGGGUGGACGUUGCUGCUAACAUUAUUUCACUUGUGAAGAAACUUCCAAACUGGUCUUUUUGUGAUCGCUAGCAGAAAAAAAUGAGGAAAACUUCAAGAAUUUCAAUUCCCAUCUCGUUCGACAGUCCCAAACAAUUGGUUUUCAACUCUAGCCGAUGGAAACCAUAAAAUUAAAACUUGUAGUUAAACGUAAAUAAAGUAAUACACCAGACAUAUGGAGAAAACA